UCAUGUUCUAAUAAAAGAUACUUUUUAACGAGCAAAGGACUACUGAAUCAGAAAUAUGAGCAUCUAACAAGUGGGUUUCCUUAAGCGCCUAUAUGUAACAAAAGAUAUCCAAAUUUUUCUUUGAUUCGGUAGUAUAAUUAUUUGUUUCGAAAUUAAAUGGCUAUUAAAAAUUAUUUAUUGUACUUGUUAAUUUUAAUCGGUCCAUUCAUACUAUGUUGUCAAAGUAUCUGUUAUUACGACGGCCAAGCAUAUGAUGAAAUGGAAUCCUGGAAUGCAUCUUGUAAUAUUUGCCACUGUCAUUUAAGUACAGUUAGCUGUACAAAAAUUGCCUGUCCUAUUGUUCAGUGUAAAAAUGAUGAAGUAGCUUCACUGCUUGACGAUAACUGUUGUCCACAAUGUACAACUUUUAAAAAGCCAUGCAUUGAUGGAGAUAUUAGUCAUGCUCAUCAGGAAGUUUGGUCUUCGGACACAGAUUGUGUUCUUUAUCAGUGUCAAGAUGGCAUUUCUGUUCCCCAUGUUAUUAAAUGUCCGUCACUGGCAUGUCCAAAGGGAAAGCAACUUCAUACUCCACCUGACGAAUGCUGUCCAAGAUGUGUUCUUUCUACUUGCAUGAACGAAAACAAAGCCACAAUAUCUGAGAACUGUUUCUCUCGACACAAUGAUACAGGAAGAAAAUGUGUUUCAAGCUUUCCUCAGUCAGAAGAGGACUUUGCCAUUCUUUCAAAAGACACUUGCAUUCUGUGUAUAGCUAGAAACGGAGAAAGAAAAUGCUAUGAACGUAAAUGUCUUUUAUGUGAAGAAAGUAGAAAUGUGUCUGAUUCUCAUCCCUGUUGUCCCUGUUCUAAAAGUAACUGCUCAAUUGAAUGCGGAAACUGUUUAGAUGAUAAUUCGAACUUCUGUACAAGCUGCGAAGAUCUCGAAAAAGUGCUUCACAAUGGAAAAUGCAUUGAAAAGUGUCCUAAAGGUUACUACAGUGAUGAAAGAAAACAAUGCAAAAAUUGCUCUCCAACUUGUAAAACGUGCUUUGGAAAUAUGACUUCUCAAUGCUUCAGUUGCAAAAAAGGUUUUCUUCUCGAGAAAGGCCGUUGUGUUAAAAUCUGCAGCCCUGGAUUUUAUCCAUCUAAAGGACAUUGUCUUGAAUGUCAUGAAUCAUGCUCUGAAUGCCAAGGCCUAGGAGCUGGAAACUGUACAGCAUGUGCACUGACUGGCCAACUUUUACAAGAUGGAAAGUGUGUAGAGGAAUGUUACGGACACUUUUAUGUUUCAGAUAGCUAUUGCUUACCAUGCAAUGAGAGUUGUGCAAGAUGUUUAAAAGAUGGCACUUGUCAAUUUUGUGAGCAAAACUUUUACCUAGAAGAAGGCGAGUGUGUACCUUAUUGCAGUCCCAGCUAUUACACAUUUCUUGAUGCAUACUGUCUUCCUUGUCAUGAUGAAUGCCAACAGUGCUUCGGACCUUUAGCUUACCAGUGUAGUAGCUGCCCCUUUGGUCAAUUUCUUUUUAAAAAUUCCUGUGUUUGGGCUUGCGGACAAGGGUACUUUGGAGAUCUCGGUGCUGGAAUAUGCGAAGCUUGCCAUCCAGAUUGUCGUACGUGUUUAGGAGGAGCUGCUAAAGAUAAAUGUUUAUCAUGUUCAAGUGGCUACUUGCUGCCUUAUAUCGGAACUCAUUUUGGACCCUGUGUGGAUGAAUGUCCUCCUCAAUAUUUUCUAGAUUCAGGAAUCUGCACUGUUUGUCACGAAACAUGUGAAACCUGUUUUGGACCUAAUGAUACUGAAUGUACUUCUUGCAAUAGUUCCUUAUUCUUUAAGCACGGUAGAUGCGUACCACACUGUUCAAACGGUUAUUUUCAAGAUUUAGGAGUCUGCUAUGCGUGCCAUCCAUCAUGUGCUUCUUGCUAUGGGUUUAACAGUGAUGAAUGCUAUACUUGUCCACCCGGUAGAGUUUUUAAAGAUGGAAGCUGUAUUUCUGCCUGUGGAAAAGGAGAAUAUAAAGAUACGGAUGGUUCCUGCAAAAGAUGUCAUCCAACCUGUUCUGAUUGCAAGCUGAAUAGUACAGAAGACGAAAGCGUGCGAUGUUUAGAAUGCAAAAACCAGCAAAAGUCUAUUUUAAAUGCAGAAUGUUCAUCAGGAUGUUACCCAAACUUUUAUUUAAAUAAUUACCAUGUUUGCCAAGAAUGCCACCCAAGCUGUGCAACAUGUGAAAGGCAUGGAGCAACUAGCUGUGCAUCUUGCUGGGAUGGUAAUUUUUUGACUCAUUUAGGCUCCUGUGAACCUCAGUGUCAUUUAGGCUAUUUUCCUCUAAAUGGACUUUGCCAAGCUUGUAACUACAACUGCCAUCAUUGCAUCAGCGCAUCUACAUGCCUUCGAUGCAAAGGUGAUUUGGUUUUACAGUUUGGAGAAUGUGUUCCACAAUGUUCUAACCAACAUUACGUUGAUACUGUUAGCAGAGAGUGCAAAGAAUGUUCUUGGGAAUGCCAUACGUGUCGUGGACCAUUACCAACAGAUUGCACAUCUUGUAUGCCGGGAAAAUUAUUUGAAGAUGGAGCUUGUGUGGACCAGUGUUCCAAUAGGUUUUUUCAAAAUGGUUCACUAUGCCAAACUUGUGACUUAAAGUGUCUGACAUGCUCUACUUUGAAUAAGUGCACUUCUUGUGAUCUUCCUUUAUUGCUACUCAAAGGAGAGUGCAUAGAUGACUGCGGUGCUGGAAGAUAUGCUGAUUUUGAAAAAUUAAUUUGCAAAGAAUGUAGUUCAGGCUGUGCCUUUUGUUUAUCUGCUGAACAGUGUGAUUUAUGCAAGAAUGGCUUUUACCUCUACGAAGCUGCAUGUGUACAAAACUGUCCGCCUGAGUAUUUUGCUGAUGAUACUUCUAGAAUUUGCAAAAGUAAGUGAAUAAUAUCUAUACAUGAACAAA